AUGCAGCCGCGAGUCCUGCUACCUUAUGUGCUCGAGUUGCCAGAUAAACAUGCUAGAAGACAUGUUGCCUGCUCUCGUGAAGGAGAGGUCGACAAGUUUCUCCGAAUGGGUGCGAAGGAGGUGAAAGGAGAGGUCAUGAUCGGGGAAAUCACGGACGGUGCAGCGAUCAUGUGGCUCGGCUUUCUCAUCCGGCAUGGCAUUGUGGAUGAGCAGAACCAGCCUGACUUGCUUCAAAUCACCGACCGGAUUCACCGCCACUUACCGUUUUCAACUGACAAGGCAUAA